AUGGAAUCCCUUCACUCCCUCAUGGAGCCCCUCCAGGACUCCCUCGACUCCCUCGUGGAUUCCCUCCACUCCCACUUCACCACCCACGGCGGCAUCACAGAGACCAUCCUCACCUUCAUCCGCUCCAACUGGCUGGCCCUCACCGCCGUCGCCUCCGUAGCCUACCUCGCCAAAAACCGCUUCCACAACGGCCUCAACCGCUACCCGGGCCCUUUCCUCGCCUCCCUCACCGACUGGUGGCGCUUCGUCGACGUCUACGGCCGCCGCCCCGAGCUGACCCACAUCGCCUUGCACAAGAAGCACGGCGACGUCGUGCGUCUGGGGCCCAACUAUCUGUCCUUCGCCGAUCCCAAGGCUUUGAAGGCCAUUUACGGGCUUAACAAGGGCUUUAUCAAGUCCGACUUUUACAUUGUGCAGCAGAGCGUCGUCAAGGGCCAUAGGCUAGCUUCGCUGUUUAGCACCACGGAUAAUUCCUUCCACGCGCAGUUUAGACGAUGCGUUAACUCGGCUUUCGCCAUGUCGGCGCUGGUGCAGUACGAGCCCUUCGUCGACAACACGACCAAGUUGUUCCUCGACAGGACGGAGCAGCUAUUCGCGGGGAACCCCGAGGGCUGCGAUUUCACGAGAUGGCUCCAGUUCUACGCCUUCGACGUGAUCGGCGAAAUCACCUAUAGCAAGCGCCACGGCUUCAUCGAGAAGAACGAAGACAUCGACGGCAUCGUGCAGUACCUCUCCAAACUCUUCCUCUACGUCGCCCCCGUCGGCCAGAUCCCCUUCCUCGACCUCCUCUUCCUCAAGAACCCGCUCUACCUCAAACUCUCCCAAUGGGGGCUCUUCGACUCGACUUUCCCCGUCGCCCGCUUCGCUCGUGACCGCAUGGCCGAACGUCUUCCCGAGAUCAACCCCAACGGCGCCAAGGCCUCGACGACGGCUAUCCUCCCCGUGAGCACGUCGACGGCCCCGCCUUCGAAGAAGCCUCAGCGCCCGGAUCUGCUGUCCAAGUUCCUUGCCGCCCACGACUCGAGGCCCGAGUUCAUGACUGAUACGCUUGUGCAGACCAUGGCUGUGUCGAUGGCCUUUGCCGGCUCUGAAACUACCGCCAUCUCCCUCGGUGCCGUGUUCUACUUCCUCCUCAAGAACCCUUCCAAGCUGGCCAAGCUGACGGCCGAGAUCGACGCCGCUGCCAAGAGCGGCCUCUUCUCCGACGGUCAGACCGGUCUGGUCACCUUCCACGAGGCGCAGAAACUCGAAUACCUCGAUGCCUGCAUCAAGGAAGCCUUCCGCCUCCACCCCGCCGCGGGCCUCCCCCUCGAACGCAUCGUGCCCCCCCAGGGCGCCGAGAUCGCCGGCCACUUCGUCAAGGGCGGGACGCUCGUGGGAUGCUCGGCCUGGGUGAUUCAUCGACGGCCGGAGAUUUUCGGCGAGGAUGUCGACGUGUAUAGGCCGGAGAGGUGGUUGGCUAGGGAGGGGUUCGAUAAGGCGGAGGAGGAGAGGAGGAUUAAGGGCAUGGAUGGGAUGAUGAUUCAGUUUGGGAUGGGACCGAGGACGUGUAUUGGGAAGAAUAUUAGUCUGUUGGAGAUUUAUAAACUUGUUCCUAGUUUCUUGAGGAGGUUCGAGGUUGAACUCCAGCACCCCGAGGAAGAAUGGAAGCUCGUCAACGCCUGGUUCGUCAAGCAGCACUUCCGCGCCAAGUUCAACAGACGAGAGAUUAUCCAGGCCGACGAGAAGGCCGCGGCCUAG